AUGUCAUAUCGAAUUCGAUCUUUUGAAUCCGGUCAUUCAAAAAGGCUAAAAAAACGUAAACAAGAAGCUUUAAUCGAAUCACAAAAGGGAGCACUUCUAAAAUUUUGUACACCUACAACAAGUCAACCUACUAACGAUAGUGAUACACCUACAAAUAGUGAACCUACAAACGAUAGUGAUACACCUACAAAUAAUGAACCUAUAAAUAAUAUUGAUACACCUACAAAUAAUGAACCUAUAAACAAUAUUGAUACACCUACAAAUAAUGAACCUACAAACGAUAGUGAUACACCUACAAAUAAUGAACCUACAAACGACGAAAAACCUACGAAUGAUGAAUUUACAACCGAUGAAAUACCUAUAAAUUUUGUUGAUCCAGGUCAAUGGAAUAAUAUUAGUAUUGAUCUAAGAGAUAUACUCGUAGAAAAAGGUCCGAUUAAAAUUCAUGAUUACGAUUUUCCACAAGAUGAAAACUCAAGAAGCUUUAAUACAUCUCAGUAUAUGCGAACAUUACCAAAUGGUGAAACGCUAGAAAGAAAAUGGUUGAUUUAUUCUAUAGAUUUAGAUAGAGCGUUUUGUUUUUGUUGUAAAUUGUUUAACGUUAAUCAAUGUACUAGUAGCUUAGCUAAAGAAGGUAAUAGCGAUUGGAAAAAUAUUAGUAGUAAAUUAAAAGAACAUGAAAAAAGUAAAGUACAUAUUAACAUUAUGAGAACAUGGAUGGAAUUAGAGAUAAGAUUGGCGAAAAAUAAGACAAUCGAUAAACAAAAUCAAAAUCAAAUAAAUAAAGAAAAAGAACAUUGGAGAAAUGUGCUAAAAAGAAUUAUUGCCCUUGUAAAGAGUCUUGGUACACAUAAUUUAGCAUUUCGUGGGACAAAUGAACAAUUGUAUGAAGAAAGCAAUGGUUUAUUUUUAGCCGGUAUUGAGAUGAUUGCAGAAUUUGACCCGAUAAUGCAAGAACAUGUUAGACGCAUAAAAAAUAAGGAAAUUCAUAAUCAUUAUCUUGGACCCAGAAUGCAAAAUGAACUAAUACAUUUAUUAUCAAAUGAGGUCAAAACAAAAAUUAUUAAAAAGGUUAAAGAACCCAAAUAUUUUUCAAUUAUUCUUGAUUGCACACCCGAUAUAAGCCACAAAGAACAAAUGUCCAUUAUCUUACGAUGUUUAUAUAUUUCGCCAACUUCAAUAGAAGUUAAAGAAUACUUUUUAGAAUUUUUAAUAGUGAAUGAUACAACCGGUAAAGGUCUUUUUAAUUCUAUUAUUGAGGAACUUAAUAGAAUAGGACUUAAUAUGGAUGACAUUAGAGGUCAAGGUUAUGAUAAUGGUUCGAAUAUGAAAGGAAAACAUAAGGGAGUACAAAAACGAUUGUUAGAAGUUAAUCCUAGAGCCUUUUAUACUCCAUGUGGUUGUCAUAGUUUAAAUUUAGUUAUUUCUGAUAUGGCUAGCGCUUGUGACAAAGUUCAAGAUUUUUUUGGAACCAUACAACGUAUUUAUUCUAUUUUUGCAUCAUCCACUAAAAGAUGGAAAAUCUUACAAGAUAAUAUACCUUAUUUAACUCUUAAAUCAUUAUCAUAA